GCAAAACAAGCGUUUAAUGAUCGAGACUUUCUCCCUCCGUUAGUGUGAAACUAUUUUGAUUUUCUGUUUAACACUAGUAUUUGAGUUGUAAAACCAAAGUAUGGAUGUUGAUAAUCCAAGUGAUUUCUCUGACCUGCAGCAGCAGGCACUGCAACUUACAGCAGACAUGGACACUGGAACAGAUUUGCCAAGGGUUGACAGAAAUCUAACUCAGAUUCUUGAGGCAGGACAAAGGUUAUUGGCCAAAGUUGGACCUAUCAGUCAAGAUGCUACUGAUGUUAAAGCGUCAAUCCUACUUGGUUCUAAAGGUUAUGAUGUGCCAAAGAUUUCACAGAAACUAGAAGGUCUCAGUGCAGCUAAAACAUUUGAGCCUUUAGAGCCAGUGAGAGACACUGAUAUACAGGGUUUCCUUAGAAAUGAGAGAGAAAAUGCUUUACUGGCUGUCAUUGAGCAAACAAGACAAAAUACAUUUGCGGAGACAGAGAGACGCCACUGGGAGUGUAUGGAGAAUGAAUGGGAGAGAGAGAAACAGAAGAUUCUAAAUGCUCUACUAGGUUCAGGUCAAGAUACCAUAGACUUCCAACCUGAAACUGAGAGUUUCUUGAUGGAUUCUGUAUCAAUGCAAGGACGUAGUGCUCUAGAUAAUGUAGAAAUGGCAUACUCAAGACAGGUAUAUGAUUACAAUGAACAGAUAAUAAAUUCAGCAUAUAUAAAACCCAACCUGGCAGACAUGUUUAAUGAGGCUACUAAAACAUUUGAUAAUAAGGAUGUACAAGACCUGUGGGAAAUGGUUCGUUGUAUGAUAGAUAUCCCAGCAUGCACCAGCGGACAAUCACUACGUCUCAACAAAAACACACAGAAAGCUUUUGUCAGGAAUGCUCGGACACACCUUGAACAGUCGUAUAAAAAAUUUAUAACGAGACACAUCUCCGGGAACCUGCAGCAAGCACAACUAGGAGGUGUACCCGGGACCUGCAACCUUGUCAGAAGUUACCUUAACAUCAGACAGGCUACAUUACCUAGAGGACUUGAGGAUGGGGCUGUAGAUGGACAUCCUACCUGGGCUAUGAUAUAUUACUGUCUUAGAUGUGGUGAUCUGAAUGCUGCACAAACUAUUGUACAAAAGGCUGGACAUCAACUUGGAGACUUUCCAACAUUUCUAAAAGAAUACAUGAGUAACAAUGACCACAGGUUGAGUCCAAGCAGUGAAACAAAAAUUCGUCUACAGUAUAGACGUGUAGUUAAACAAUGCUCUGAUCCAUACAAAAGGGCUGUGUUCUGUAUCAUUGGCCAGUGUGAUUAUAUGGAGGAUCAUGGGGAACUAGGAGAGAAGAUUGAUGAUUAUCUCUGGUUUAAACUCUGUCAGACACAAAUAGAAGCAGACGACACUGCAGAUAUACUCACACUGAAUAAAUUACAGACUAUCUUGUUUGAAGAUUAUGGAGAGAGUCAUUUCAAUGGAUACCAGCAGCCAUUCCUGUAUUUCCAGGUGUUAGUUUUGACAGCCCAGUUUGAAGCAGCUAUAGAGUUUAUGUCUAGAAUAGAGAGACUGCGAAGUCAUGCUGUGCACGUGGCACUCGUGCUGUAUCAAACUAAACUACUCUUAUGUUCACAGUCUACACAAGCUCAACUAUUAAGUCGAGAUCCUGGAGACCCUAGUCCAUUACGGAGACUCAACUUUGCCAGGCUGGUAAUGAUGUAUACAAGAAAGUUUGAAGAGACAGACCCUAGGGAGGCCCUACAAUAUUUCUACUUUCUCAGAGAAUUAAGGACCAGUCAGAAUGAGAAUUUGUUUAUGACUUGUGUCUCUGAGCUUGUACAGGAAACUAAAGAGUAUGAGAUGUUACUAGGGAAAUUACUAAAAGAUGGAACAAGAAAGGCUGGUGCUAUAGACAAGUUUCAAGUUGACACUCAGCGUAUUAUAGAGAAAGUUGCCAGGGAUACAGAAAGUAAAGGAGCAUUUGAAGAUGCUGUCAGGCUAUAUGAUCUUGGAAAGAAACCUGACAAAGUAUUAGAGUUGUUGAACAAACUGUUAAGUCAGGUAGUGUCUCAAACUUCAAGUAAUCAAACAAACAGAGAUAGACUGAAGAGCUUAGCACUUGGAAUUGCUGAAAGGUACAGAAACAGUAUGGUUGCUGACAGUUUGAAGGCAAACACUAGCAGUUUUUACCUUAUCCUUGACCUAAUAACAUUUUUUGACCUUUACAAUGAAGGUCAGAUGGAAGAAGCAUUAGAGAUUAUCAGGCAACUACAGUUGCUUCCCCUUACAACAGAGGCUGUUGAACAUAAAGUGAACACAUUUAGAAACUAUUCUGAGGAGGUUAGGAGAUGUCUGCCUGAUGUUUUGUUAGCCACUAUGAAUGUUUUGCAUAGUCAAUACAGGAAUGCAAGAAAUACAGCACCUCAAAGUCCACUUGUGAGAGGAAGAAGUGAUGAUGGUGGCAAAGAAACAUAUUUGAACUACCUUAGAAGUCAAGCCAAGGCAUUGAUCAUGUUUGCUGGCAUGUUACCAUACAGAUUACCCGGAGAUACAUACGCUAGACUUGUACAAGUUGAAGUGCUUAUGAACUGAAAAACUUAGUGGAUAAUAUGACAAGAAAUUACUAGAAAUACGUCACUGGUUUUAUGACCAAAUAUCAUCUGAAUUACAUUAUUGUAACUGGUUAUAUAUACCAGUUAUUUGAGAUCAUGUUAUUAAUCAAUUACAUGUAUAUCAAAAUAUACAUGAUGACUGAUGAUUAGAAUGCAUAGUGAAUAUGAAGAGUGGGCCAUUUCCAACAUUAAAUCCACCAUGUCUGUGUUCAUUUCUGUUAAGGAACAUUGGAGAGAGAGAAAAAAAGAACUAAUAAUGUGGGUAAAAAAUGUUUGUAUUGAAUACAUUAACAAAGUAUGAUUGACAAAAUAAAUGACCUUAGAAAUAUUA